UUACUAAGUUUUAAUGAGGCAAGCAUUGCAACAUUCUCUGCUGGACACACCUCCAUCUCUGGCAUUGAUAUGCUAGCCUGAUCAGAUUUUUACCACAGGUUUAGCCGUGAGCCAGUUGUCCAGAUACUCUAGCCUAUGAUCAACCAGACAAAAACUUUGGCGUCUCAAAGCUGCAGACAGUGCUCCAACCUGCCCAAGGUGUCAGAUACAGUGCUGCCGGAGGCAUACCGUCCAACUGAAUGACCCUUUCCCACCCCAGGGCCAUCAUUACCUGUGCAAGCCUGAGCACACACAUCAGAAGUGAGGGACUUCCUCUACUCAUCUUUGGUGUUGGGACCCUGGAAGACUUCAGAGGCUGAGUGAUACAGGAUAAGCAGCUCUAACCACAUCUCCUAAAGAUUCUGAACAGUAUUUUAGCGGUCAUGGGGAGUCCAGACUCUGACAGAGUGGGCAGUACCACACUAAUCCCCUUCUACUCCAGUACCCCCCACACUGCCAUGCUCAGGGCAUUGGAGGAUGAAGAGGAAGACAUCAAACCGCCCCGUGGCCUGCCGGGGGCGCCAGAGCGCAGCUUGCAGGGAGUCUACUGGGAUGCACUGUUGAAUGAUGAGAGCUCCUGGCGACUGAAGGCCACAACACCCUGCUCACUACCAGCAUGUAGGGCCCCAGAGCAGCGUCCAGUCGUCAACAGCCAGGCCCAGGCCAUUGGCUCUUCUGCUGGGCUGGAGGGCCAGCUGGAGGAGCGCUCUCUGGAGCAGGUCCAGACCAUGGUGGUAGGAGAGGUCAUGAAGGACAUAGAGACUGCUUGCAAACUACUCAACAUCACCCCAGAGCCCAUGGAGUGGAGCAGUGGGCACGUGCAGAAGUGGCUGCUGUGGACGGAGCACCUUUACAGACUCCCCCAGGUGGGCAGGCAGUACCAGGAGCUCAGCGGGAGAGACCUGUGCUCCAUGACCGAGGAGGACUUCAGGCAGCGCUCGCUGCAGUGUGGAGAUAUGCUGUAUGCUCAUCUGGACAUCUGGAGAUCAGCUGCAUGCAUGAAGGAUCGCUUCUCAACCGGAAAUGACAAGAUCAAUGGUGCAGAUGAGCAGUGGCCUGAGGCAGACUCAUGCUGCUCCAGCCAGCCCAUCCACCUGUGGCAGUUCCUGCGGGAGCUGCUCCUCAAGCCCCACAACUACGGACGCUCCAUCCGCUGGCUCAACAAGGAGAAAGGAAUCUUCAAAAUUGAGGAUUCUGCUCAUGUGGCCCGGUUAUGGGGAAUCCGGAAGAACCGUCCAGCCAUGAACUAUGAUAAGCUGAGUCGCUCCAUACGACAGUACUACAAGAAGGGCAUCAUACGUAAGCCAGACGUGUCUCAGAGGCUGGUGUACCAGUUUGUUAAACCUGUAUGAUGUUGGGACCAGGUUAUCUGAGGAGGGAGGCUUUGAUGAGAGCAAAAUAGACAAGCCAAACAGACUGGGUCUGGUAAGACGGUGCAUUGGACUCUCUAUGAUUGCUGUUUGUGUCAUGCAUAUGCCAUUUCAGUGAAUGUAGAUUUAGAAACACAAAGUAAAAUGCACCCAACUGUUCAUCCUUCAUCCCCUCAAAUACAGAACUAUUUAAAAAGAGGGCUGUGAGGAUAAAGCGCUAUCCUGCUGGCUAAGGAUAUAUAGACUGCCUAUUGCACAACUUGCACUCCCACAUUCUUACUGGGCCAUAAUGUUUAACUGUGCAUGCAACAAAUGGCAUUUCAAAUUUAUUUUCUUCUUCUUUUGUGUGAUUUGUAAUGUUUUAAAGACUAAAAUAUAUUUGCAUCCACUUUACCUUCCCACCCUAUGUUUGUACAUGUUUCUUAAAUA